UACCGAUGCAUCAUCGGGGUGGAAUUUCGUCGACGGGGAUGUCCCCUAGCUCAGGAUCGAAUGCGAGUGUGUACUCACUCGUAGCACACGAUCGCAUGCUCCGAUGUUGGUCCUGCUGUGGAAUCUAGCGAAAGUUAGCCCGCUGCGUGCAUUUCGUCUCGUUGCCUGACUUGUAUUCUUCUUUGCACUGUUUUAUUCGGCAAUUGGAGUCGUGGAUGCUCCAAUUUUGAGCCGAUGUCUGCGAUUCUUGUGUGGUUUCUGUUCCUCGGCAAUCUGGCUGCAGAGAAGGUCUUUCUGGGACGGGAUUGUGCGUUACUCUCUGGAUUUUCGUCUGUUGAGCUCGCUUUGUAGCUCAAUUGACUUCGUCCCAUCACUUGUUGGACACCGAUUCUGGGAAUUCCUUUCUGGGAUCUUGGGCGACUGGACGAGCAUCCACGAUGAUAUCCUGUGAAAGAGUGCAUAGCUCAAGAUCAAGUAACUUGGGCAAUCAGCGAGUCACUGCAGGCUCAAGAUUAGUAAAUGGGAAUUCGCAGAUUUUAUCCACAGUUGAUUAUCUGAAGUGAAAAUGCUAAAUCUCUGGAGCAGGUUACUUGCGUUACAACACGCUGAAUCGGAUCCACAGCUCACACUGGUGUUUGAAGCAUUGCACGAGUUAAUAGAGGUUGAGAACGGUAGCACAAGGAUGUAAACUGGGAGCAUUGGAUUUGCCUGCAGUGACUAGAGUAUAAUCAUGGUCUCUACCUGAGCUUAUGUACCCUGCUAGAGUAUCUCGCAAGAGGAUUGUCACGAACAUAUUUAUCGCAUGCUUCAAGCAUUGCGCUCAGCAAUGGGAAGUUGAGAUACAAUCCUUUAUAAGUUUGUGAAGCUCAGACGAACGAAUAAGGAGAUGCCGUGACGUUGCAACAGAAGAUUUUGGAGGAUGGAGGAGGUUGUGGCGACGCUCUUAGAAGAGGACGAGGUGCUGGGGAUUGCUCAGAAUUCGUAUGAAUGGGAUUUAGGUGGCUGUGGAGGUCGGGAAGAUGUGAACCACGAACAUUCUCAGGAUCUUACAGCUAGCACUAGCAGACGGGAAAUAAAUAAUAAUUCUUUGGGUAGCAACGAUGAGGUAUUCUGCCACUCCGCUAUGUGCUUCGAGGAGAGUGGUAAUGAUUUUGUAGCAGAAGCCAGUGGGAGGAACAAUUCUGAGAGGGUGCAUUGCUCCAGAGUAGGUGCUGAGGAGGAUGUCGUAGUGGGCUUAAAGAAAGACCAUGCGGAGUUGGGUAGGUCUUUUCAAAUGGCAGUCAGUGUUCACGACUGGGCUCUAGCCGAGAGUCUCAUACCUCUGGCAGUUCCUCAUAAGCUCAACGAUGGCUUGUGUAUCGCCCUGGAUUCCAUUUGGUUUUUAAGCACGACACAGGAAUUGGCGGCUGCAACACGUUUAAUUGAGUGUUUGAUGCUUGCUGGGGCUCACGACUUCACACGAGCAGUUCUUCGUACUUCCUUCUUAGCUUCCUGCGUGUCAGCUUGCCGAUCACGGACUAUGAGCCUGGCAGACACCGUUACUGUAAUGGCACAAAGGUUAAGAGAGAGACUUCAGGAAUGUAAUGGUGAUGAAACUCCGAAGGAUGAAGCUGCAGCCAAAGUUCAGAGGUUCAUUGAAUGGGCUUUGAAAUGCAUUGGCUCACAAUCACGUGGAAAAGGAGCACACUCUGGAUCACCCGGUGACAUAAGCAUGGCUAUUAUACACAGUUCCGCUGUAGAAUCACGGCUUCAGCUUAUGGCGUUCAAGCGACUUUUGGAACUAGCUGGUUCUCGAUUGAGUAAAAAGGAUUUUACAGAAGCUUUUGACGCAGCAUGCUUUCCUCUCACUUUGUUCUCCAGCGCCAUUGAUCCUGGAUGGGCAACUGGCAUUGCCGCAAGUGCUAUGCAAGGGCUGUUAGGGCUUUUAGUUGAGGGAGGUGCAGAUAAUGUUAAUCAGUGUUUUCUAGAAGCUGCCAGGUUUGGAAGCACAGAACUUGUACGAAUAUUGCUCCAGAUUGCACAAUGGAAUGGUGUGGAGUUAGACGUGAACUUAGCGGUGGGAUUUGCCUCCCACUACUGUAAAAUUGACACCAUGGAAUGCCUUGUUGAAGAUGGUAAAGCGAAUUCUUUUUUGGGGCCUCUUAUGAGAGGUGCUGAACGGGGUUGCAUGGAGGUCGUUCAAUGGUUUGUAGGAAAGGGUUGUAAAGAUAUGGAGUUGUGUUUAGCGCUUACUGCUGCAGCUUCCAGUAGCCAUGUGGAUGUUGCUGCCUUUCUCUUAACCCAUGUUCCUCAUCAUGUUUUGCACACUCUCAGCGCCGAAAUUCUCAAGGCAGCAGGUGAACGGUCUGGUGGAUCUCUUGAAGGCAUAGCUUUUCUUUUGCAAGCUGAUUUCUUAAAUAACCCCACCGCGACGUACAGGACUGCCGAUAGCAUUUCAAAAUCGGAAGACGAAGCAAUCACCUUGGAGCUACGGACGUUUCUACAAGAAGAAUGGUCAGAGGAUGCUUUUUUGAAGGGGCGUUUACUUGGCCAAGCUCACCAUCUUAACGUCAUGCGUGCUCUGAAGCGGGGUUCCUCACCACUUCACUUGCAGGAACUUCCUUUGCAACUGCAAGUCACCGUCGCUUACCUUCCGCUCUACAAAGAAUGCAUGGCUUCAAGCGGGGUGGUUCUUUCGCAAUGGCUUAGAGGCCAGCUUGUUGAGGCAGCUCUGAGGCUGAAUGAAGGCGAUCUAUGCUCAUCGGAGGAGCUUUUCAUGAAGUGCAGCAAGCAUGAGCUUCUCUUAAUCCUGGAGUCUCGAUUGCCGGGUUUCGUGCUAGCUUCCGAAGGCAAAUGAAGACAAAUUAAAUUCUACACGGUGGCUCGCAGUCAUGAAUUAAUAUUCGAAAUUUUGAAUUGUCAUAAUGAGUCUCUCUCUCGUCGCCUGAAAUAAGAGAGAGCCUUGGUCCUUGAGGAGCAACUUCAUCUCCCCUUGUUGGUUAUUGGACAGCACAGCCGAUGAGAAUUAUUGUCAUUGAAAGCACAGGAAACAUGGGUCACGCUUCAGCAAAUAAAGUUGACUCUGCUGUAGAGGAAGACGACGGUGAUCACGGUCUUUCUGUUCGUUCUCAACUGGAUCAAGCUUUAAUCCGAUACUACGGUUAUGUAUUGUUGGGAGACUGACGAUUGAAAUCACAAGUUCGAUCUCCAUUCCAAGCCGGUCAUGGCUCCCUUGAAUACUUUGGACUCAUUGGUUGGAUCCAUGCUGAUGUGGGGGUCCGUGAAGCCACAUUCAAUGCUCAAGUUAUCAGGUUUAACACGGUUGGCUGCUGUGGAUGAUGAUGAGCUAUUUGUAAAGUGCUUGGACUUGGAGCCUAAGAGUGUUCCGAGUUAGAUUAAGUGCCCUGAGUGAUACUCGUCUUGGAUGCAGGCCAUUUGAUGUCUUCGAGAGCGUUCCAACUUCGUGACAUAAUCUCUUGUGGCAGUGUGUCUAUUAAGAGGGAUUGGUGAUGGAGUAGGUGCAGGUGUGGUUGCAUCCCGCCCCUUCCAAGGCGAAGGCUUGCAUUAAAGAUGGCCUAGAAGAAUUCACCCAGUGGUUGCAUGUGGUGCGGUAUUCGUUUGUGCGAGAAAAGUAUAUUGGAGUUGAAAUGUACAAAGAAUCCAUUUUACUGGGCUUGCGCAUACAAGAAACUGAAAACGUGAAAUAAGGCUGCAUGGCAUUGAAGUCUGAUCAUUUUUCA